AUUACUUGUUGAAAAUUUUAUACCCACCUGUGAUCCAUACUUCAAACUCCAAGUCAUAAUAUAUAAAAAAAAGUGUAAAUUUUGAGAUUUUUGAACAAAAUGCAAGUAGAAACUCAGCCAGUAAUGUACUCGAACCACGGGCACCAAGGUGAGAGCAUUAUCUUGGGGCAAUACGGACAAUAUGGCUCAAACCUCGAUCCCGGCGAACAGCCAAAGGGCUUCGGAUUCAGUAACGACAGCAUCCGUCGUGGCUUUAUUCGGAAGGUGUACCUAAUCCUCUUGGGCCAGUUGGUCACAUCCCUGGCGAUAAUCUCGAUUAUGGUCUUCAACACGGAACUCCAGUAUGCUGUGGCGAGGAACCCAUGGGUCCUGAUGAUAUCCUUCAUAAUGACAAUUGCCAUUUUAGUGGUGCUGGUCUGCAACGAGGGCCUGCGUCGCCAGACGCCCGCCAACUUUGUGCUCCUGGUGUGUUUUACGAUAGCCCAGUCCUUCUUGCUGGCCUCCGCCGCCUGUCACUACGCUCCGAUGGAGGUUUUCCAAGCCGUAUUGAUUACGGCUGCAGUUUGCCUGGGGCUGACGCUCUUUGCCCUGCAAACGAGAUAUGACUUCACAAUGUUGGGCGGCAUUCUGGUGGCCAGUGUAAUUAUCCUGCUAUUCUUCGGUAUCGCCACCAUGUUUGUGGGAGGUAGUUUGGCUUCCACUAUAUACGCCUCUAUAAGUGCAGUGAUAUUUUCAGUUUAUUUAAUUUACGAUACCCAGUUAAUGAUGGGCGGCAAUCACAGAUAUUCAAUCAGUCCCGAGGAGUAUAUUUUUGCCGCAUUGAAUCUCUAUAUCGAUGUGGUGAAUAUAUUCAUGGACAUUCUGAGACUAAUCGGUGGAUCAGACGGCUAAGAGAGUUAAUAAAACGUCUCAAUGCAAAUACCUACAUCUAAGCAAUAAAAAUGAAUAAUAAACCAUUAACUAUUGUUCCCGACACUUAUGUCAUUAUUCACUUAACCAAUUCGUCUGUCGAAAAUAAAUAAAUCAAAUUGUGCAGCAUCAA